AUGAAGACGAAAACCCUUUACAUUCUUGUCUCUCUGUUCGUUCUCAAUUCAAUCACUCUCUAUCACUACUUGUCUUCUAACUUCGAUUACUUCCACCACCGUCUCCGUAGCCAUUCUCUGCCUGAAAACGUCAAUAUAUCGUUGACGGUUUACCACAACUCGCCGUUUCAUGACCGCGCCAAUGAUGUCCCAUUAUAUAACUUCGUCAAUAAGCCAUGGCCGAUCUCUCCUUCAUACCUCCCAUGGCCUUUGUCACCUAACAACAUCACUUACAGAUCUUGCGAAGCGUAUUUUGGUAAUGGAUUCAGUCGUCGCGUGGAUCUUCUGAAGCCGAAAUUGAGAGGCGGAGGAGGAUGGUUUAGGUGUUUCUAUAGUUCGACAUUGGAGAGCUCUGUCUGUGAGGGCGGGAGGAUACGGAUGCAUCCGGAGAAGGUUAAGAUGUCGGUCGGUGGCGAGGAAUUGGAGAGCGUGAUUGGUAGGAAAGAGGACGAUGAGUUGCCGAAGUUUGAAUUCGGAGCUUUUGAUUUGGAGGUUGAUGAGAAGCUGAAUAGUCGUAAGAAGCUUGUGGAUGGGAGUUUUUUGGACCAGUAUUUGAAGAAAGGAUCGGUUCCGAGGCAUACCGUUCGUGAGUUGAUCGAUUCCAUGCAGUUGGUUGGCGCCAAUGAAUUUAAAUGCUCUGAGUGGAUUGAGGAACCAACACUUUUGGUGACUCGCUUCGAGUAUGCAAACCUUUUCCACACUGUUACAGACUGGUACAGUGCCUAUGUAUCUUCCAGAGUAACUGGCUUGCCAAUUCGACCUCGGCUAGUUUUUAUAGAUGGCCAUUGCUUGACACCCUUGGAUGACACUUGGAAAGCCAUGUUCUCAAGUCUAAGAUACGCUAAACAUUUCAGCGGUCCUGUUUGCUUCCGUCACGCUAUCCUACCACCUUUAGGAUACGAAACCGUCCUAUCCAGGGGUCUUUUCGAAGACCUAGAUUGUCGUGGAGGAUCCGCCCACGAAGUGUUACAAAACCCCAACGAACCUAUAACAGCAAGAAUCUCAGAAUUUGGGGACAUGAUAAAAGCCGCUUUCGGCCUUCCUUUAAACAAACCCCACCCCACCUCAAACCACCAUAACAUCCUCUUCAUCCGACGCGAGGGUUAUUUAGCGCAUCCGCGCCAUGGCGGAACGGUUCAACCGCGGCUCGAAAACGAGCAGGAAGUGUUUGAUGGAUUAAAGAAGUGGGCAAGUAGUCAUUCAAAGUGCAAAGUUAACGUGAUUAAUGGAAUUUUGGCACAUAUGCCUAUGAAAGAGCAAUUAAGAGCCAUUGAAGAGGCUUCAAUUAUCAUGGGUGCUCAUGGAGCAGGACUUACACACAUAGUUUCAGCAACACAAGAAGCAGAAAUUGUGGAACUAAUCGGGGUUGAAUUUAUGAGGCCUCAUUAUGCACUUAUUUCUAAAUGGAAAGGCAUCAAGUAUCACCCAAUGCAUCUGAGAGAAGCUUAUGCUGUUCCAUCAGAAGUGAUAGAUAAAGUCAGCAACAUUUUGGCAAAUCUGGGAUGCUGAACAAUCACUCUGGAAUUUUGAAGAAUC